AUGGCCCAUCAGGAUGGCAAUUUUAGUGGUUAUGCUUCUAGAGGUGGGGCCAGUCAAGCAGGACUCAUCAGCAUUAUCCUGGCCACCCCAUCCAACCGUAGAGGUUAUACCGGCUCUUCGACUUCUAUGUCACAGCCCCGAGAGGUUAACUGCUAUGAGUGUGGCAACUUGGGCCAUUUUGCUAGAGAGUGUCCCAAGCCUAGACAGAGUGGAACCCAACAGGAUUCCAAAUUUCAGACUCCCAAGACUGCAACACCUUCAGCGAGCAGGGGUGGACAUUAUAGUAGGGGCGGUGCUCCUACAGGCCGUGGUGGUUCUCAGUCUGCUUGA